UCUCUCCCUCCUUCAAGCCUGAGGCUUUCUUGUGCCUUCCUACUCAAUUCAAAGAAAUAGAAAACAUCCUGUUGAUCACUUUUCUUCUCUUCUCAUGGCCAAAAUCCAAGUUAUCCAUGCCUGUUCCCUUCUUCUUGCAGUAAUCACCUAUCAUGAUAUUCUCUAUACCGAGGGAAGGCCAAUAAACUCAGUGACCAAACAGGAGUUUAGCUCAAUUGAUUUUGAAUCAGGAAAUGAAACAGGCAGUCAAGGAACUAAGCACAAAGAAGAUCAUUGGUACACACCUCCUCCCCCAGAGCCCAAUCCCAGUGUUAAAAAUUCAGUUGCAGGAAAGGACAUUCUUCCACCCAUAACGCCAAAUUACAGCAUUGGUUUUGGAGAUUCGACUGCAGUAUACAAAGAUGAUUUUCGACCUACAACUCCAGGCAGCAGCCCCGGUAUUGGCCAUCGAUUUGUACCAACCAAGGAAGAUAUUCAACCAAAGGCACUAGGGAAUAGUCCCAGUGUGAGACAUUCUGUCACAGCAUACAAGGAUGAUUAUCGACCCACAAUGCCAGGUCACAGCCCUGGUGUUGGCCAUUCGCUUCAGAAAAAAAGUGCAGAACCAAAUGCCUAGACGUGUAUAUACAGGCAUAAUUAGUACAUAAGUCGAUUGUGUCAGUAGUUUCAAUUCCUGAGUUUCACAGUAUCCUUAACUGUCCCUGCAGGUGAAACUCUUACAUAUGUUGCUGUUCUCCUGUGCAGUGGUUGCCAGGUUAAUAAGCUGAUUGCUCUUUAUUUUAUGUUCGAGAAAUGAUAUGUAGUGCUACCUUUAUCAUUUUCA